AUGGCGAGCCCCCUAUAUAGUGCACUAUAUCCUGAUAGGGAACGAUUUCGAACACAGCUCAUGUAUAGGAUGUCUAUGGGUCAAUGCUCUAUGCACAGAGGUUUUAAAGUCACGUGACAUGUCGCGUAGGGAAGUUAUCGCCAGCAUUUCUGACUAUUUGAUCCUAGAAUGCAUUCUGUUAUGCGAGGCAACGCAAAUGAUCUGAAACUUCAUUCAGCUACCCGAUCCGUUUAACCAAUACACUGUUCUUCCAUAUACCCAUAGAAAAAUAACAUUGUCGGCAUAGUCAACUAACGAGGUUGACAUCAGGAAUCUUGUUUUUUCUUGACGAAAUGAAUGGAAAUAAGCUACAAGAUGCUUUGAUCGCAGCUGCCCUUAAGCAUGCAGAUAGAGUAGCUGUCACAUUUGAUAUGGGCUCAGGUCCUGAGAAUUGCGUUUCGUUAUCAUACAAAGAGGUGGUGGGCCAUGGAAAUGAAUUGUCUUCUUCUCUGCGGAAUGUAUGUCGCGAAAAUAAUGGCCUUAUUGGGUUGUAUGUUCAAAAUGACUUGUAUCUUCCUGUCUGGAUUUUCGGAAUUCUACAGUUACCAGCUGCCUAUCUGCCUCUUAAUCCAGAUGUCCCAGGAAUUCUGUCCGCUCGCAUAAUGAGCAUGUGUGAUCUGAAUUACUGCACUCUGCAGAGCAGUUUGUUUGAACAUUUCCAGAAGAAGUUCUCCAAACUGAUUACUGUGGAGGUAUGUGCUGUGUGGCCCGAUUACAACCUGACCCUUGUGCGAGUUCAGCCGCUGUCAUCAGCUGUCAUAUUGGACCUAGGGACACAGCAGGAAGGAACUCGGAGAGCUUGUGAAGAAUGGCCCCAUGCCUCGACAUAUCUUGCUGAUUACACCAAAAAAGGAGAUUUUGCAUAUGUGCUUCACACUUCGGGAACUACUGGGCUUCCAAAAAUUGUAAGGGUACCACACAAGUGCAUAGUACCCAAUAUACAGCAUCUCAGAUCUUUAUUCCAGAUUGGUGCAGAGGACUUGGUUUUUCUCGCAUCGCCGUUGACCUUUGACCCCUCGGUGGUAGAGAUUUUUCUUGCCUUGUCAUCAGGGGCUCGGCUGCUCAUUGCCCCCUCCGUCAUCAAGAAAGCGCCCAAUCGAUUGGCAAAACUGCUCUUCAAAGAUCACAAGACAACUGUCCUACAGGUUACGCCCACUUUGCUGGGACGUUUCGGCCACCGCACGCUCACAGAGGAGGUGUUGUCUGCAGGCUCUUCCUUACGGGUGCUGGCCCUCGGCGGGGAGGCCUGUCCCUCCCUAGGCCUGCUGCGGAGCUGGAGACAGGAAGGCAACAGGACUCAGAUGUACAACGUCUAUGGUAUCACAGAGGUGUCCUGCUGGGCCAGCUGUCACCAAGUCCCUGAGAGCCUGCUGAAGUCCAGCCAUCAAGCUGCGUCUUCCAUCCCAAUAGGAGCCCCUCUGCUGAACACCAGUGUGGAGGUCCGAGAUGAUUGGGGCUGUGUCAUAACGGCGGGCCAAGGGCAACUUUUUAUAGGUGGACAGGAAAGGGUAUGCCUCAUCGACGAUGAGUCCACGAUGGUCCCAGGAACGAUGCGAGCCACUGGGGACUGGGUCGAGAUGGAAGGCAAACAUCUCCACUACCUGGGACGGAGGGACAGGCUGGUAAAGCGAAACGGCCAACGCGUGAACUUGGACACAGUGCAACAAGUCAUGAUGAGUCUCCCUCAGGUGGAGUCAUGUGCCGUGGGUCUCUUCAAAGGCUUACGACUGGUCGCCUUUGUCGUAGCGUCACCAUCCGUCCACCAGGUGGCAGCGACUCCUCUUCAGGCGGAGCUGAGCCUCUCCGUUCCCGGGGAUCAUGAGGGAGACUGGGGCUUCUUAGAAGACCUCCCAGAGGACGGGAGCAGAUCUGAUGCCCCAAUCAGAGUCCUUCACAGGGUUGUCCUACAGCAGCUAUCCCUGCUGGUUCCCAGUGCCAGCAUUCCAGACUCCUUGGUUCUAGUCCAGGCUCUGCCGCUAACUGCUCAUGGAAAGGUGGACAUGAAUGCACUGAUGAAGUUAUACCAACAACAGAGGGAACAUUUGGAGUCAGUCAAUUCAUUUGAGAAUAUGGCUAAACUCAAACAGAGACUCAUCUGUCUAUGGCAGGAUAGUUUAGGUCUUCCGGAAGAUGCAGUGGUUGAGGAUGACUCCCUCUUCCUGUUCAGUGGAGGUGACUCUCUGAAAGCCCUACGUCUCUGCGAUGACAUCAUAGCAACCGUCGGACUUGGCGUACCGGGACUUUUAGAAGCCAUACUUGAAGGGUCGUUCACAGAGGUGGUGUGCCUCGUUGCGAGGGCAACACGGCUCUCCCCCGCAGCUAACAAUAUUCCAAACGCACCCUCGGCUAGGAAACGUUCAGCAGACCAUCCUGCCUCUUCAACCAUGGUCAAGAGAGAACACACAGAAACGUAUUCAGCACCACAUCAUCUACAUGGACCAGUAGGUUCAACUGAUGGCAGACUUACUAAAGUACUGAGGAGGGCUGGUCAGGUACUGGAAUUGAAUGUGAGCAAUCCAGUGACCCUCAGCGGCUCUCACUGUAAAACGAUAUCGGCAAACAUCAAGAAUGAUUAUUCAGCCAAAGAUACUAGCGAGACGGGGAUCCAGCGGGCGUUGGUCCCAGAGCUUGAGCCAAGAUCCCCAGAGCUGCGUGUGAGAUGGUCUUCAGACAUGGGUCGCUGUGUGGACGCCUCACCACUGCUGGUAGUGGUGCAGGACAGAGAGGCCGGAGGAACUGGGUCAAAAAAAGCUACGGUGUUCAUCGGCUCCCACUCUCACCGCAUGCAGGCCCUGGACCUGACCACCGGGGGGCUUCUGUGGGAGCGCGUGCUGGGAGACAGGAUAGAGUCGUCAGCCGUGGUGAUGCGCUGCGGGACCCAGCUGGCAGUAGGUUGCUACGAUGGCGCUGUGUACUUUCUGUGUGUGGCGUCAGGGGCGAGUCGGUGGGUGUUUGAGACGGGUGAUGCCGUGAAAAGCAGCCCUGCGGUGGACCCCGCCACUGGCUUGGUUAUCGUAGGUUCUCAUGAUGGCCAUCUCUAUGCCUUGGACCCGCAGGCGCAAAAGUGUGUAUGGAAGUAUCACUGUGGUGGGGGGGCAGUUUUCUCGUCUCCAUACCUCGAACCAACCCGGAGGCGCCUUUACGCCGCAUCUUUGAGGGGUCACUUUGUGUGUCUCUACCCUGACAGCGGAGAGGUGAUGUGGACAUACAACCGAGAGACUCCCUUCUUCUCCUCUCCCUCUGGCUCUCCUGGCUGUGUGGUUAUUGGCUCUGUGGACGGAAACAUCUGCUUCUUCAGCGACACAGGGCAACUGCUGUGGCAGUUUCUGGCAAAAGGAGCGGUGUUCUCGACGCCAUGCUUCACACCCGACAGGCAGAGGGUGCUGUGCGGCGCACACGACGGUUACGUGUACUGCUUGGAGACCGCCGGUGGCUCCCUGGUCUGGAGCUUCCAGACGUCGGGCCGGGUUUAUGCCAGCCCAUUUGCCUUUGAGAGCCGCUCCGCCUUGGGCAGAGAGCAGGUUCUGGUGGGAGUGGCCUCAACUGACGGCAUGCUUUGGAUCCUAGACGAAAGGGACGGAUGCAAGAUCGCUUCUCUCAGUCUCCCCGGAGAGCUGUUUUCCUCGCCCGUGGUGUGGGAGCGCACCCUUUUGGUGGGUUGUCGAAACGACAUGGUGUACUGCAUAGAUCUGACGAACCCGCCGAACAAAGAGGAGCUGGAAGGACACGCCCACAUGGAAACACUUCCAGGGACAGGAGAUGCAUAGCAACGUUAAUACCCACAAAUAAAGGUAAUCUCACUGAUGUCCCUCUAGAGGGUCUCAAUUACAAAUUCUCACAUGUACCUUUGACGGAGAAAUAAGGAAUCUGGUGGACAAUUUUUGUUUCAGACAUUAGCAUUUACUUAACAUUAUUCAGAACAUUUUGCAUUUCGUAAGAACUUCCUCAUGAAUACCUAUUAAGUGGGACAAAAAAGUGCAAUUAUUACCAAACAUAUUUGUUACAUUUAACACUGUGCAACGCUACACUAUUGUACACAACCAUAGGUAUAAACAAUAUGCCCAAGUGACUCUGCCUUAGGUGGCCCCUUGCUGACCAAGGCCCUGGUGGAACCCCUUGACUUACAUACGUGAUUCCUUAAAUAGAGGUCAUGAUGUCUUACGUACAACUCAUUACAUCAAAAGGUGAGGAAGAUGGCGUCGUAGAAAUCCAUUUGAAACGUUAUGACAAGCUAACCAGUUCAAAUCACAUUAAAAAGGAAGUGAUGCCCACAAACACAGUUGUGUUACAGUAGGACAGACACAAGAGACAUAUAUUAUAGCGAGUAGGUAGCCAUAUUCUAUUUCUCUCACUCUUACUCUGUACCCAGUCAAUUGAGUGUUACGUUCAUCACCAUAUUGUGACAGCAAUGUACAAUUAACAGUUAAUGCCCAAUAACACUGUCAGCCUUUGACGCACUGUUUUUAGCUAUGCACCACGAAGGAUUUCUGAAAGAUUGUAUUAGCGUGCAUGAGAUAGAAAUUGUGUCAACUGUUUCAUGGCAAAUUAUACAAUAGCUUCUUUGACAGUUGUCACAGUCGUCACGGACACAGUGCACAUUGUUAGGCUAAGUACAGGUCGCAGUUCAUAAAACAAAACUGGAGGCUCUGAGAGGAGAUGGCCUAUCUGUGUUUAAGUGCAAGGGAAACUCUUAGCAUUAAACUACACCAACAUUGGAAUGUAACAAAGGAGAUGACUAACACCUGGGAUGCUUGGUGGAAAGUUCACCCAGCUCUGUCCUCCAGGUAAGUUAAUGAAAUCAUUUAGCCCUUAAAACAAUAUUUUGAAACCCCCAUGUUGACAAAACGCUGGCUUUGACAUUCUUCCCCACAAGCCGUUGGUUAAACUCUAUUGAGAUGAGGAUAUAAUAUGGGGUAUCUUUACCACAGGAUCCAUCUACAACCAUGGGGACCACAAUGGCUACAAAAAAAAGUAAGGUCAGGACCUGGAGCUGAACUGCAAUGAAGGGGAUAUUCUUGACACAGUCGGUGGGCAGUGUGCAGUGUGGGCUACUUGAUGAUCUGAGGGCAGUCACUCCAGGCUUUGGCCUUGCGCUUGGCAAGAGCCAGCCAGGCCGGCUCUGUGCACACCUGGGGAGAGUCACUGGAAGAGAAGCGCUUGGACACCUCCUUCACAGCAGGGGGCAAUGAUGUUGAGUCUGCAAUCUCGACUACACCGCAAAAAUGAAAAGCAUAGACCAUAGCGUCCGAUGGUUAAGUGACGAGCUUCUUUGGAAGACAAAUGGAAUAAUGCAAUACUAAACAGCGUAAGGCAUCAACGUAUACCUAGGUGUCACUUGUAAUACGAUAACACGAUAACAGAAUGGGUCUGCUACUUUUUUUGCAAUUUAAUGUGAAUGACGAAUACUACGUUGUAGUUUCUUCUUGAAGUGUGUAUUACGACAGAUACUUUGUCAUUUGAACUUUAACUUUAAAUAAAUCCAACUUCUGUGUGAGCGUCAUAA